UCAAUCAUUCACUUCAACCGCCAAGCCGUCGCUCGGUCCGAGUUUGAUCAACUGGCCGGCUGUUUUGUUCAGAGUCUCUCUCGAGGCAACAAAGCAGCUUUUGCUGGACCACGUAUUGUGCGGACUGUCAAGAGUCCACUUUGAUUGAGUCCUAAAGUGCUGACCGUGCUGACGGGCUACACUGUAUAGUAGUGUCAAAAACAACAACAACAACUGCAACAAACAAGGAGCACUUUUAGCGGAUUGUGAGGCCGGCGCGCAAACAACUCGCCUUAGCCUCGGAGACGCCACGCCACAUCCUUUUCAAAAAUCCGCGAUGGUGGCCAGACUGCUCGCCGUGACUGCCAUGGUGGCCGUGGCCGCCGUGGCCAUGGUGGCCGCCCUGCCCCCCGCCAAAACGCCCAGUAGGGCGCCGGCCUCCCCGGCCGCCCCGGCCGCCGACGGCCUGCCCUCCGACAUCCUGUGCGGCGUGUACGGCGGCAGCUACUGCGGCGGCGCCAGCGCCUCCAAGACACCCGCCGUCAAGCCCAAGCCCUCCCCAGCCCGGCCGGCCCCGACGCGCCGCAGCCGCCGACAGGCACAGGGCGCGGCGGAUCCCGCCGCCGUGGACCCCAGCCAGAUCUGCAGCAUCUUCGGCGGGCCGUCGUGCCCCACGGACGAGAACAAGGUCUACGAGCCGUGCUCGUGCCCCAACGGCGGCGGCUCCGGCUGCGAGUGCGUGCCGUACUACCAGUGUGACGGCAAGUCCGGCGAGUACAACAAGGACGGCGUGGGCCUGAUCGACAUCCGCCAGAAGCCGCAGCAGACCAACUCCUCCUGCGCGCACUACUUACAGCAGUGCUGCCGGAUCCGAGAGGGCUCCGGCCCGAGCCCCGGCGACAACCCCAGCGGCCCCUACCCCGGCGACAACCCCCCCUACCCCGGUGACAACCCUGGUGACAACAACCCUGGUGGCAACCCCGGCGACAACCCUGGUGGCAACUACCCGGGCGACAACCCUGGCCCCGGCCCGGGCCCCCAGGACCCCGCCCCGCCCGUGUACAACCCCAGCCAGGCCUGCGGCAUCCGCUACCGGAACGGCGUCGGCUCCAGGAUUUCCGGCGCCAUGCACGACGAGACCAACUUCGGCGAAAUCCCCUGGAUGGUGGCCAUCUUCAAGAAGAGGCAGGCCGACGUCGAGUACCUGUGCGGCGGAGGCCUCAUCGCCCCCAACGUGGUCCUGACGGCGGCCCACUGCAUUAACGAGAAGGCGCCGUCCAGCCUGACGGUGCGGGCGGGCGAGUGGGACUCGCGGACCGAGGAGGAGGCCUUCAAGCACCAGGACCGCGACGUGGACUACGUCAUCACCCACCCCGACUACAAGCCGCUGUCGCUGCACAACGACGUGGGGCUGCUGGUGCUGAGGGAGCCCGUCAAGGUCGGCUACCACAUCGGCACCAUCUGCAUGCCCGAGCAGGACCAGAGCUUCGACUACAAGAACUGCCUCGUCAGCGGCUGGGGCAAAGACGUUUUCGGCAAGGACGGCGUGUACCAGAACAUCCUGCGGCGCAUCGACGACCUGCCCGUGGUGCCGCACUCCCAGUGCCAGGACAAGCUGCGCCGCACCAGGCUGGGGCCCUACUUCCGCCUCAACGGCAGCUUCAUGUGCGCGGGCGGAGUCAGGGGGAAGGACGCCUGCACGGGCGACGGGGGCAGCCCGCUGGUGUGCCCGAUCAACGACAACGACGACGACUCGCGCUACGUGUACGCCGGCAUCGUGUCCUGGGGCGUGGGCUGCGGCGAGGAGGACGUGCCCGGCGUGUACGUCAACGUGGCCCUGUUCCGGUCGUGGAUCGAGGAGUCGCUCUCCACCCACAACGUGCAGGUGUGCUCGCCCUGAGCCGCCCUGAGCCGCCCUGAGCCGCCGCCACCGGCCAACGCCGCGGACGUCCCAGUCGGUCCCAGUCGACCCGCGGACCCGGGACUGCAAAGAAAAGCGCCGGCAUGUCUGCCACUCCAUCAUUCUAGACUUAAGGAAAAAGACUGUGUUACAGCCGUACGCAUGGUGACCACCAGCUGCGGACCAAAAAAAAAAGCGAGACCACACCUGAGAAAUGCUUCCUGUCGUAAUAAAAGACCCUGUCAUACCAUUUGUAUAAA